CCUCUGCAGCGGCCGCCAGGAUGAAGACCAUCCUCAGCAACCAGGCCGUGGACAUCCCCGAGAAAGUGGACGUGUCCCUGAAGGGCCGCACCGUGAUCGUGAAGGGCCCGCGCGGGUCUCUGCGCCGCGACUUCAACCACAUCAACGUGGAGCUGUCACUGCUGGGCAAGAAGCGCAAGAAGCUACGUGUUGACAAAUGGUGGGGUAACAGAAAGGAGCUGGCAACAGUUCGCACAAUUUGCAGUCAUGUGCAAAAUAUGAUAAAGGGUGUCACACUGGGCUUUCGUUACAAGAUGAGGUCAGUGUACGCUCACUUCCCCAUCAACGUAGUUAUACAGGAGAAUGGCUCACUUGUGGAAAUCCGUAACUUCCUGGGAGAAAAGUAUAUCCGCAGGGUGCGCAUGAGACCAGGUGUUAGCUGUGCAGUAUCUCAAGCCCAGAAGGAUGAACUGAUUCUUGAAGGGAAUGAUAUUGAAUUGGUCUCCAACUCAGCUGCCUUGAUCCAGCAGGCCACCACAGUCAAGAACAAGGACAUCAGAAAAUUCUUGGAUGGUAUCUAUGUUUCUGAGAAGGGCACAGUGCAACAGCCUGAUGAAUAAAUCUGUAGUAGAUCCUGACAAGCCACCGCAAAAACUAUACCUCUUGCUGCAAGACAGUGGCUCCAAAUGGAACAACACACAAGCUGCACAAGAUGAUUCGUUUUACAAAAUAAAACAUAUUCCAUAUUUUGA